AUGGGCAUGGGAGAUGUGAUGCAGGAAAAUCAGUCGUGCUUUCCCCCGCAUUCCCAUAUUUACUGGCAACAAGUAACAAUGCACUCUGAAGUACUCGUCCUAGAUACAGUGAACUUGGGUGACAAACGGCAACGGACGACAGCUCCACAGCAUGUAGCCGACGAACCCACGAUUGAUCAUAUUGUGCUCGAAACACCAACAGACGAACAGAGCGAUCCCUUUUCUCUUGCAAGCCGGGUUGUUUCUCCAGAGCGCAUCACGGAUCUCCGCAGACGAAAUCAAUCUAUCGGUAACAAACGGGUUGCAGCGUUCUACCAAGAGCAGAACGAUGAAAUCCGACGUCUUCUCUCUCCAAUUGAUGGCUCGCCAUCUUCCGACGACGAUGAGCACAAGUCCUCUUCAAAACAGUCCAAGAAUUUUCGCCUGCAAUUAGCCAUUCAAGGGUCAUUUGCUGCAAAUGUACUUCUUUCUGGGUUGCAGCUUUAUGCCGCGAUAUCCAGCGGAUCUAUGUCGCUGUUUGCGACAAUGGCCGAUUCCCUCUUCGAUCCGCUUUCGAAUUUGAUUUUAAAUUUGGCACACCAAACGAGUGUCAAGUGGGAUGUGGACAAAUACCCCUCUGGGAAGGCCAGAAUGGAAACGAUUGGAAACGUGGUGUAUAGCUUUUUGAUGGGGACGGUAUCAAUUGUGCUCAUUGUCGAAUCUGUACGAACAAUUGCUCAGCAUAGUGGAGAAGAGCUGUUUGAAUUUAAUGUCCCUGCCGUCGUUUCCGUAGGGGUCGCUUUCGGUGUAAAAUUCCUCCUCUUCCUAUACUGUUUUUCUUUGCGCUCCGACUCUCAGGUUCGCAUGCUCUGGGAAGACCAUCGGAAUGACUUGUUUGUCAAUGCUUUUGGGAUAAUGACGAGUGUGGCUGGAGGGAAAUUGAAGUGGUGGAUUGACCCGGUCGGCGCUAUUGUGAUUUCGGCGGUAAUUUUAGCAUUGUGGACCAGAACCGCGUAUGAACAACUUCAACAACUUGCGGGAGUUUCUGCAAGUCCAGAGUUCAUUCGCUUUGUUACAUACAAAGCAAUGACAUUUGACCCUCUUAUACAAAAAAUUGAUACCUGUCGGGCAUACUACUCUGGCCCAAAAAUCAUCGUGGAGGUGGACAUCGUCAUGGACCCUUCCACCCCUCUUUGGAAAACUCAUGAUGUUGGCGAGGCUCUUCAAAUGGCUUUGGAGAAGUUGGACAAUGUGGAGAGAGCAUAUGUUCACGUGGAUCACGAAACGGACCAUAAGCCGGAGCACAAAAGUGCUUGA